AGAGCUGGUUCACUUCCUAUAGGGACUGAAAACCAAGUGAGGAGAUGGUUGGUGGCUGUUCAUGUGUGAGGAGUACUCCAUAGGCUCAUGACAACUGCUAAUACACAGGGCUUAUCUUUUGAAGAGCCACAUGGAAGUGAAACCCUUUACAGUUGAGGUGUGGGACCAGGAUUUCACACUGUCGACAGUCCUGAGCCAAAAAGACACCCAAACUGGAGAGAAACCUAUCUCAUGUGAAGUGUGUGAUAAAUCAUUCUCACAGUUAUCAAGCCUCAGAACUCACCAGCGUAUUCACACAGGGGAAAAACCUUUCACGUGCGAAGUGUGUGGUAAAUCAUUUUCACAGUCAUCAAGCCUCCGUGCUCACCAGCGCAUUCACACAGGGGAGAAACCGUUCAUCUGUGAGGUUUGUGACAAAUCAUUUUCAAAGUUAACAAACCUCUGCAGGCACCAACGUAUCCACACUGGGGAGAAACCUUUCAAGUGUGAAGUGUGUGACCGAGCUUUUACACAGUCUUCGCACCUCUUACAACAUCAGACAACUCACACAGGGGAGAAACCCUUCAAGUGUGAGGUGUGUGAUCGAGCCUUCACACAUUCCUCUAGUCUUCUGCAGCAUCAGGCACUUCACACAGGGGAGAAACCCUUCAAAUGUGAGGUGUGCAGUCGAGCCUUCACGCAUUCGUCAAGCCUUCUGCGACACCAGACAAUUCACACAGGGGAGAAACCCUUCAAAUGUGAAGUGUGCAACCGAGCGUUCAACCAAUCGUCAACUCUCCUCAGACACAAAGGCACCCACACUGGGGAGAAACUUAUCUGCUGCGAUGUGUGUGACCAAUCAUUCUCAAAAUCAUCAAGCCUACGUGCUCACCAGCGCAUUCAUACAGGGGAGAAACCAUUCACAUGCAAAGUGUGUGAGAAAUCAUUUUCAAAGUUAACAGACCUCCGCAGACAUCAACGAAUCCACACAGGGGAGAAACCUUUCAAGUGUGAGGUGUGCAAUCGAGCCUUCAUACAAUCAUCACACCUCCUGCGACAUCAGGCACUUCACACAGGAGAGAAAUCCUUCAAGUGUGAGCUGUGUGACCGAGCCUUCACACACUCCUCGAACCUGAUGCAACAUCAGAUAAUCCACACCGGGGAGAAACCCUUCAAGUGUGAAAUGUGUGACCGAGCUUUCACUUAUUCAUCAAGUCUCCUGCGACAUCAGACAGUCCACACAGGGGAGAAACCCUUCAAUUGUGAGGUAUGUGACCGAGCAUUCACACAGUCAUCUAGCCUCCUGAGGCAUCAGACAAUCCACACAGGAGAAACCCUUCAAAUUUGUGAUAACUUGUCAUCUUGCUCAGCAAUGCAUCUGUUGUCCAACUGUUUACACAAGACCAUCUUCAUGGAAGAGAAGCAGUACAAGUGUGAAAUGUGCAACCAAGUUUUCAAACACAAAUCAAUGCUCAUGAGUCACCGAUACAUACAUAAUCGGGAGAAGCCUUACAAGUGUGAGGUGUCCAAUCAGGGCUGUGCACAGUUAUUGGGAUUGGGAAAUCACCAAUGUAUCCAAACAGUUAAGAAACCAUUCCUGUGUGAAGUGUGCAAUAAAUCAUUCUCACAGUCAUCGACCCUUCUCGAGCACCAACGCGUUCACACAGGGGAGAAACCAUUCACAUGCAAAGUAUGCAACAAAUCAUUCUCACAGUCGUCAACACUCCGCACACACCAACGCAUACACACAGGAGAGAAGCCAUUCAUUUGUAAGGUUUGCAACAAAUCAUUUGCGCAGUCCUCAAACCUCCACAAACACCAACACAUUCACACAGGGGAGAAACUGUUCAUGUGUGAUGUUUGUGAGAAAUCAUUCUCAUCAUCAUCACAUCUUCAUGUCCACCAACGUAUUCACACAGCAGAGAGACCAUUCAUGUGUGAUCUUUGUGGCAAAUCAUUCUCAAGGUCUUCAGACCUCCUGUUCCAUCAGAGGAUUCACACAGGAGAGAAACCAUUCACCUGCGAUGUGUGUGAGAAAUGGUUCUCAAGGCUAUCAAACCUUCGAAGACACAAACGCAUUCAUACAGGAGAAAAACCAUUCACGUGUGAGGUAUGCGACAAAUCCUUCUCAAUGUUAUCAAACCUCCUGGUCCAUCAGAGGAUUCACACAGGGGAGAAACCAUUCAUGUGUGAGGUGUGUGAUAAAUCAUUCUCAAGGUUAUCAAACCUCCUAGCCCACCAGAGAAUUCACAGAGAGGAACCUAUUCACCUGUGAAGUGUAUGAUAAAUCAUUAUUCUCGUCAUCCACACUUCUUGUGCACUAACACAUUCAGAGGAUAGAAACCAUUCACAUGUGGCAUGUGUGAGAAUUCUUUCUUCUCAGCAACCUCCACAAAUACCAAUGCAUUCACACUGGGGAGAAACUGUUUACAUUAGUGACAAGGUUUUUAUACAGUCAGCAUGUCUGUUGAUUAAUCAUGUGCUCACAAAGGGGCGGAACAAACUCACUUGAGGACUACCUUAUCAGGUUCUUCCCAAUCUGUCCUAGUGUGUGAACCUGUACCCAGUCUCACUGUGCAGGAUGUUCAGUGGGACUGGGACACAGAACAAGAAGCAGCUUUCACUCCCGUCAAACAACUAGUGAUGACAUCACCAGUGCUGAGGGAUGAUGAUGUAACAAUGGAGCCACCCUGCAGUGUGAUGUCAGUGAAACAGGACUUGGAGUAACCCCCAUGCAGUGAGGACAACCCGCUGUGUUUGUAUCCAGAGGGUUUACACAAACUGGACAACACUGUACACAGAUUGAGAAAGAUGGUCUGCGUAAUGUCUUUGAUUGUGAACUUUACUACCAGUACCUGUUUAGGAGAGAGAAAGCAAUAAUAGAGUUUGACUACAAGACAAUUCAAUGCAUCUUUUUCAAAUCAUUUUAUCUGCUCUAAAGUUUUUGAACAGGAAACAAAUAACAUGAUGUCAAAAGCUGCACUUUCCUUGAACAGGUUUCUUGCUGGUGCAAUGUGUGAAAUUCAAUAAGAAGCAGCAGCUCGACAUGCUUUGGAAAUCAUUAACUCAGUGGAGAAAUUUAAUCUGACAGGUAGGCAUCUUUCUCACAGUAAACAUAUUUUAUAACGAUGUGCAACUCUUCAGGUGUUACAGGAAGUUUUGAUGAAAGGAUGGACUGAAACCAUCAAGGACACCCCUGUGACUGUAAAAGAGUAUUGGACAGGGAUGAGAUAAUAGCACAAGAUGUCAUCUUGUACAAAGAGAUGAGAAAAGAAAUGCUGAAACACAUUCCACAUAAACCAUCAAAGAAUCCAGUCCAGUCUGAGGAAGGUAGGAGAAGUGAUCUACUUGCCAAUCAUGAGCAAUGAAAUGAAGGAUGACAUAGCCAGGGCAGUGCUUGUUAUGAAUAUCAACCUAAACAAGACAAAAAGUUUCUCAUGGUCCAUGACAUCUCAGAAACCCAUGGAUGAAGGUGGGAGUAGAGUCUUCACACACAGUGGAACGAUUACCUCAUCAUAGUCGACUACUAAUCAGUCAGUGGGAAAAUACAGCAACUGAUGUCACUGACUCCCAGUGGGAUCGUAGAAUGUCUGAAAACACACAGUUCAGUCAUCAUGAUAUUCCUAACAUUGGGAUCAGUGACAGUGACCUGAAUUCAUGAGUGAAGAAUUUGGCCACUUCCUGCACGAUUGGAAAAUUCAGCACCACACAUCAUUUCCACCCUGUCCCCAUUCGAAUGGAAGGAGUGGAAAUUGCCGAAGACAUCAUCAAAAAACGGCUACAAAUCUGUAAGAGAUUUGUACAAGGCAAUUUUGGAGUGAGAAACACACUGACUAAAGGCUGGGAAAGUUGUUCAGUCCAGUAACUAAAGGUCAUACAGACCCAUACCACCCCUUCAAAACUAAAAUACUGUUGAGGCCAGAACUAGUAACACAAAUGUGUGACGAAAUCAAAUGAAACAACAAAAAUCCGGAUUUAACUUUGAUAAAUCUACAAAAUAUUUGCCAGGGCUCAGAAUUUGGAAACUAGUCAAAAUGGGGACAUUCAACAUACUCAUUGAAAAUUAGUCCACUUGCAAACAAGGGCCUGUGUCAAGAAGUUGUCACCUCGAUCAUGCGUGGUGAAAGUGAAUGUCGCAACUGAAGAAUCUGCUCCUUUGCAGCCAACAGCUGAUGAAGUCUACUUGAUUUCACUAACCAAGUCAGGAACUGAAUGACCAUCGGCCUCAGAAGUCAAUUGUUCCUCAAGAAGUGUAAUAGAUCAAUAUUAUUAUGUCAACAACAUUUCCCAGAACAACAAUAUUACCUCAGGAACCAGCAGAUAUCAGAUGAAUGUGUAACAACUCACAUAUAUAACAUAUGAAGAUCUGAACGCUUUAAAAAUUGUGUGUGCGCUGCUUGGUGGCUGACAAAGUUGGAAAGACGUGAAAGAGACAAGAUUUGUUUUCAUAUGUGAUUUUAAUUCAAGAAAAUGUACAGAGUAACUUAAACUAUGGUGCAUGCAAUUUUUAAAAUGAAAAGGGAAUGUAAGAAUAGGUAAUAUUUUCAGCUUUUCAUAUUCAUGUCACUUUGAUUU